ACCGAUUCAAAAUCGAAUGACUCAUGCGUCAUCGUCUUAAUUGUGAGGAUAAUUGAACGCGUCGCAAUUGCAAUUUAAGAAUUCAGUAAAGAAUUUUAUCAUUUUUUAUUGCAUCAAAAGUAAAGCAAAGAGAUAAAAACAAACUAUUUUUUUCAAAUAGUGAAAAGCGUCAUUCGAUCAACAUCAAACAUGGACUCAUUAUGGAAGAAGGAUGCAUCUGGAUUAUAUAAAGAUAUUUUUGCGAAUAUCAACAGAGUUGAGAUGUUGCCCGGAAUAUCACAUAAUCAAUUCUGUAUCGCGUUGGGUGUUACACAAAACAAGAAACAAAAUGAAGUUUCAAUGAAAUGUCGACAAGCUGGAAAUACAAAAGUAAAUGAAAAAAAUUGGCAUGAUGCAAUGCUAUUGUACAACCGAAGUCUUUGCUUUGCUGAAGAAGAUACCGAAAACGUAACUUUGGCAUAUGCAAACCGAUCGUUGUGCUUUCUCAAGAUGGAAAUGUAUGAUAAAUGUCUCAUCGAUAUUGAAAUGGCGAUCAAUGCAAAAUAUCCAGAACGGCUCAUGUCAAAGUUGGAAGACCGUCGUGCAUACUGCUUAAAGCACACGAAUAAGACGUCUUUUUUACCGAAUGAAACACAAAAAUUGGACUUUGAAGCUGACGAACACUUUCCUGGAAUGGCGAACGUUUUACAAAUGAAGUACAGCAAGAAAUUUGGCCGUCAUUUCAUUGCAAAGUGUGAUAUUGAUGUUGGAAAAACAGUUUUGGUUGAAGAACCAUUUGUCAAAACCACAAUAUUUAAACAAGAUUUUGGAAUUUGCGAUUCGUGCUUUAAAAAUAUGACCAAUUUCAUUCCCUGUCCAAAUUGCACAAGUGCAUUGUUUUGUAGCGAAGAUUGUGCAAAUGAUUUAUUUCAUACAUUGAGAUGUGGAAGACGUAGCACAUCGGACAACAUUUUGGUGGAAUUUGUAUUGAACUCAAUUUUACGUGCUGGUGAAAUUAUGUGCUCAAUUGAGGAAUGGAUGGAAUUCGUUGAAAACGUCGUCAAAGAAAAGAACGUGGAAGAAGUGCCCCUUUCAAUUGUUGACGACAAAUCAAAGUACCGCAUGUUUUUAAAACUCAAUCUAUGGAUGACCGAAGAAAAUAAAAAAGAUCACGUUGAUCGUGCCAAUGAAGUAUUUGACAUGCUGAUGAGGAUACAAGAUAUCAAAGACUCCUUUGAUACACUCAAGAAGAUGCGAUUUCUAAUGCAUUUGUGCAUAAUGCAUGUCAAUCUCGUUCGCUGCAACUCAUUCCAUACCGAAAUGUAUGGCGGCAUAUUUUUGAUUCGAAAUCAUUUAAACCAUUCAUGCGCACCCAAUAUAUUGUGUAGCGCCUUUCAAAAUAAAAGUAUUUGCAUUUCGUCACGCCGCAUCAAAAAAGGGGAUCAAUUGUUCAUAUCGUAUGGAGAUACAUAUUGGGAUCCACAUCCACUGCAUGAGCGUCAACAAAAUCUGUGGAAUGAUUUCGGUUUUCAAUGCAAAUGUGAAAAAUGUCGAAAUACGAAUUGGCCCAUUUCAUCGGAAAAAGUUCAGUCGGAUCCUGAUUUUCAAAAUAUACAGGCUGAUCUGUGGAAGGAAAAAUUCGGAUAUCCAGACCUUGCAAAAUGUGUGUCUCGAAAGCGAACAUGUCUUGAACUUUUGAAAAAAUAUUCGGAUUUACCCUGGUGCACACAAUUGGAUUUGGUGUCAAAAGGAUUUCAAACUGCAUGCGUUGAAAGUUUAUUUUAAUGUCUCAAUUUAUUUCAAUAUUGAUUGACCGUUUGAUAAAAGUUGUAAACAACAAAUAAAAUCUUCAACAUUAUAA